AUGUCUUCGUCUUCAAAUUCUUUUGAGAGUGAAUACUCUUGUACUAGUACUACUGGCAUGCCGUCUAUUGAACGCGUCUGGGGAAAGGGAAAUCCUGAUUAUGACGGAACCUUAUCUAUAAUUGUUGUCGGAGCUUCUGGAAACCUGGCAAUGCUUAAGACGUUUCCUGCUCUGUUUUCUCUAUUUAAACAUUCUCUCCUGCCUCGCUAUACGACAAUUGUCGGAUAUGCGCGCACGAAAAUGGACGAUGAGUCGUUCCGAGAGAAGCUGCGAGGUGCUUUGAAGCGUAAUUGCGACUGUGUGGAGCGCUUCCUUCACAUUUGCCACUACCAGAGUGGCCAGUAUGAUUCGGUUGAAGAUUUUGCUAGACUAAAUGACCGUUUGAACGACAUGGAAGUCACUCAAUGCUUGCGCUAUGUGGAGAAUGGCAAGGAACGUUUCGUAUGCAGUAAGAAUCGUCUUUUCUACUACGCCAUCCCUCCAUCCCAGUUCAAUCCUGUCAGCAAGUGCAUUCACGACACCUGCAUGGAAAACGAGGGCUACGAUCGAAUUGUCGUGGAAAAGCCCUUCGGUCGCGACUAUGACAGCAGCCGGGAAUUAAACACCUUCCUUCAAAGUCUCUUCGCGGAAGAGUCGAUUUACCGAAUCGACCAUUAUCUGGGUAAAGAAAUGGUGCAGAACCUAAUGGUGACUCGGUUCUCGAACAUGAUUUUCAGCGCGAUCUGGAACCGCAACUACAUCGACAACGUCCAAAUCGUCUUCAAAGAAACGCUGGGCGUGGACGGCCGCGGCGGGUACUUCGAUCAUUACGGCAUCAUCCGCGACGUGAUGCAGAACCACCUUCUCCAGAUCGUCUCGCUGAUCUGCAUGGAGCAGCCUCUCUCUCUGCACAGCACGGACAUCCGCGACGAGAAGGUGCGCGUGCUGAAGGCCAUCUCUCCGCUGCGAUUGGACCGCACGGUCGUGGGCCAAUACGUCGCCAACGCCACGCAGCCCGGCUACCUCGACGACCCCACCGUGCCCAGCGACUCUCUCACGGCCACCUUCGCGGCGACGGUGCUGACGAUCAACACGCCGCGAUGGUACGGCGUUCCGUUCUAUUUGAAGUGCGGAAAGGGGCUGGACGAGUCGAAGGCGGAGAUCCGGAUCCAGUUCAAGGAUAUGAGCUGUCCGCUGUUCGAGCACAGCAAUCGGAACGAGUUCGUGCUGCGCGUGCAGCCCGACACGGCGAUCUACAUGAAGAUGAACGUGAAGUCGCCAGGCAUCGAGACGAUGCCGGUGACGGGCGAGCUGGACAUGACGUACAAGAAGAAAUACGAUUUCACGCUGCCCGAAGCGUACGAAAGACUCAUUCUGGAUAUCAUCCGCGGCGAUCACAGUCACUUUGUGCGAGGCGAUGAGCUGGAGAUUAGCUGGAAGAUUUUCACGCCGCUGCUGCAUGAGCUCGAGGAAAAGAAGAUUAAGCCCAUUCCGUACGUGCGAGGCUCGCGAGGGCCCGAGGAGGCCGAUUUGCUGCGUGAUGCAAACGGGUUUGUGCGAUCCAAGGAUUAUGAAUGGAGCCAGCCCGAAUUAGUAGAUCAUGUAAAUGUUUGGCCUCUUUGUUUGAACAAGCAUGCGGCCCAUGAAGGUGGGUGCACAAGUAGUAAUAAUACAGCGUGGUUUGGUAACUUCGGGAAGAGUGGGAAGCGAAAAUUGGCACCCAAUCCUUCAUUGUAA